AUCAUGUGGCGUACGGCGGACAUCGAAUACCCUAACACCGGGCUCCUGUUGUUAUAAAAUCUGCAAUUAUGAUGAUGGAGAAGAAAAAACAAAUGUUUCUUUUCCGAAACCUGUAAUGACAAGAUAAUACUUCGGAUAGUGAAAUAAUUAGGACGAAUACGAGUUAAAUUGUGACGUAUUUGGAAACAUUUUUCGUUCUGUUUUGAGACGCUUUCCUGCCUUGAUAGAUGAUCAAUGAAGUCGGUCAUUUGGGGAUUCAAAACGAAACUAUUUUCUUACCUUAGUUUGACAUUUUACAAACACCACCCCCCCUUUCUAUUCCUACAUCAAUAGGCCUAAGAAGACACAUUGUAGCCUAGUACAAUACCCCGUCUAAACGGAAACAGUCCCGCAGAUACAGCGUCUCAACUUGGAUCACUAAAUAUGAUUGGACUGAAGUACAACAUGUCUCUACCCAUGGCUGCAGGGGCAUUGUUAGUGGGCAUCCCCUACUCCAUCUCUCUCGUAGCCCAAUGGAUGUAUGGCUGGCCUAACAAGCCAGGCUAUAAAAAGUACAUUGAGGCUCUGAAGCCAAGGAGGAUAUACUGUCUGACUAGAGCUGUGCUGGAGAUGCUGAAAUACUUCCAGUACGGAAAACUCUACUUCCAGUGGAAGUCCUGGUACAAGAAUGUAGAAAACCACAAGCAUUAUGAAAAGGGAAUCACGUUUGGGCGUCGUAGUAACAAGCUGGAUUUGUAUUAUUCUCCCACGGUGGGCCAGCCAGGCAGUGGACCGGUGCCUGUGGUAGUGUUUAUAUACGGGGGAGCCUGGGGUUCAGGGGAGAGGUCCAUAUACUGUCUACUGGCCAUGCAGAUGGCUAAGGAGCUCAGUGCAACGGUGAUCUGCCCUGACUAUUGCACCUAUCCAAAGGGUAAUGUUUUGUGUAUGGUUCAAGAUAUUGCGGACUGUCUCAUUUGGGCGAGGGACAGCGGCCAUAAAUUCAACUUCGACAAAGAUAACAUUGUGUUAAUGGGCCACUCCGCUGGGGCUCACCUAGCAGCUCUAACCGUGCUGUUCAUGGUCGAGGGACGAGACGAGCUCUUUAUAGAAGCCAAGAAGCAGACAGAGAUCACCAUGGCAAUCAGAGGAGUUACAGGUUUGAGUGGAGUGUACAACAUCGUGGACCACUAUGAACAUGAACAGAUGAGAGCUGUGGAGUAUGUCUCUACGAUGCACAAAGCCAUGAAUGGACUGGAGAACUUCCCUUAUUAUUCACCCACACACCUACUGAAGAAAUUCAGCGAGGAGCAACUGAAAAGCGUUCCACCUUUCUGCUUACUCCACGGGACCAACGACAUCAUAGUUCCGGUGGAAUCUUCCCAGAGGUUCUCUGAGCUGCUCACGGCCCUGUCAAUCAAGGUAUCCCUGUACCUCAUGCCUAAAAUGGACCACACAGAGAUAGUCACCGAUCUCAUGGCGACAGACAGGCACUUCUACAAAACAGUGUACGGCUGCAUCAAACAGGAGUACAGCAAGUUCAUAGGCCAGGUCUGUGACUGCUGAACGAAACAACUAACACAAUACAUUAUUCAUUCAUGAUGUGCCGUAAUUCUUCUUGUUUACAUCUCUUUUUUUUCAGUUAAUUAUUAUGAUGAUACCUCGAAUUUACAAGAUUUUGACUUUUCGACAAAAACAAAAAAUAGUUUUAGCUCUCUGUUUUAAAUCUCAAUGAUGCUUUCUGUGGUGUGUGUUUCAUAAUGGUUCCAUGAUUGUAAACAAGACUGAAUGAUAUUUUAAUACAAUAAUUCCUGAUCUUUACACAUCAGAUUAUUUUUCAGAGCUGAUAGGAUUGGUCAAAAGAUUAGCCGGUAGAAAGAUCCGAAUUGGUCUCUCAAUUCAAUUCAAUUCAAUUCAAUUCAAGGGGCUUUAUUGGCAUGGGAAACGUGUUAACAUUGCCAAAGCAAGUGAGGUAGAUAAUAUAUAAAGUGAAUCUCUCUCUGUCUAAACAAAGCCCAUGUGUGUCAGACCUCAAAUGCACAUGCCAAAUAAUCGUGCCAGAUUUUUCACCUUUGGGACUAUCCCAUUGGUUCCAUUGUACCAGGUCAACUAAAUCAACUAAAUCAACUAAAUCAAGUAUUGGAUAUGUAUUUGGCUUCAUAAAAACACAUUUGAUUGAUAUAUUGAUCCAGCUGGAACCUUUUAUAUAGUGUUAGUGUUAACUCCCACUCUGACAGAGUAAUAUGGGCUAGUAUUCAGCAAAGCAUUGGCAACAUUCCCGUGUGGAUUAAGACGCCACAUCCUAAAUUGCACCCUAUUCCCUACAUAGUGCACUACUUUUGACCAGAGCCCUAUGGCACCAUAUUCCCAACAUAGGGCUCUAGUCAAAAGUAGUGCACUAUGGCACCCUAUUCCCUAUAUAGUGCACUACUUUUGACCAGAGCCCUAUGGACAGUGCACUAUAUAGGGAAAGGGGUACCAUUUGGGACAGAACCAAAACAGUUGAGCAGAUCUAUUGUAUAUGUUCUACUGAUAAUCUGUUGCAUUAAUAUGGUCAACCAGGAGAACAUUACAUUUUCAGUUAAAUGGUCAACCAGGAGAACAUUAGAUGUUCUGUUAAAUGGUCAACCAGGGCACAUUAGAUGUUCUGUUAAAUGGUCAACCAGGGCACAUUAGAUGUUCUGUUAUAUGGUCAACCAGGGCACAUUAGAUGUUCUGUUAUAUGGUCAACCAGGGCCCAUUAGAUGUUCUGUUAUAUGGUCAACCAGGGCCCAUUAGAUGUUCUGUUAAAUGGUCAACCAGGGCACAUUAGAUGUUCUGUUAAAUGGUCAACCAGGGCACAUUAGAUGUUCUGUUAAAUGGUCAACCAGGGCACAUUAGAUGUUCUGUUAUAUGGUCAACCAGGGCACAUUAGAUGUUCUGUUAUAUGGUCAACCAGGGCCCAUUAGAUGUUCUGUUAUAUGGUCAACCCAUUAGAUUUUCUGUCUAUUAAAUGUUUGAACAACUACAUCUACAUCUGAUGAAAUGUAUUCAUAACAUUACUCUAUUUUGCAUUUUGAAUAUCUGCUCUUAAAAGUUAUGUAUGGAUUUAUUUAAUAAAAGUCUUAAAUUGUG